AUGUCGAAGUUUUCUUCAAAAGGAUGGUGUUACACACGAUAUGGACCUCUUUCGCGUGUGUUAAAGAUGAAUUCUUUUGAUCUCGAUGCAAGUAAGGAUGAGGUUAUAGUGGAUGUUGCAAUGGCGGCUUUGCAUCGCACUGAUGCUGCUGUAGUGAAUGGAACAGCGCUUGGGAGGAAAAGGGUCUCUCUUUCUUCUUUUCCCAGAAUAGGUGGAUCUGAGGGUGUAGGAAAGGUUGUUUCGGCAGCUGGAUCUAAAAAUGUUAGAGAGGGUGACACGGUGUGGGUUGCGCCAAUACAUGGAACUUGGGCUACAAGAAUUGCUGUCAAUCAUAAUAUGGUUCAUAAAAUCGACCCAAAGUUUGCACAACUUGCCGUUAACGCAUCUAAUUUUCUUGUGGCGCAGCAUCUUCUUAAUGGUUAUACGAGACUUCGAAAAGGGCAGGUUGUUUUGCAGAAUGGUGGUAGUAGUAUAACUUCUUUGGCUGUCUCUGCGUUAGCGAAAACAUACGGCGUGAAGGUUUUGACUGCUAGCUCCCCUGGGGAGCGGUUCCAUGGUGCCAAAGAACGUCAUGCAAAAUACGGGAGCGAAGUUUUUGAGUAUAAUGGAAAAGGAGCUCGAUUGGCGCGGCAGGCAAUAGGAAAUACCGGUGCAACUUUGUAUCUCAAUGGGGUUGGGGGUCGCCACUUUGAUACAUUUCUUAGUCUACUCGGAGGCGGUGGCCAUGCGGUCUCUUACGGUGCGCAGAAUGGUGUUGGUUUGAUGGUUUCCGGCUCAAAUCUGAUUUACAAUGAAGUGACUAUGCAGGGAUUGUUCCUCCCUUCCUACCUCGAGACUCUCUCGUAUAACGAGCGGCAAACACAACUAGAGUUUGUACUAGCACAACUUUCGUCCCUUGGGUUUAGCUACCCUACAACAUCAGCCUCAUCUUUGGAUGAUUUGCCAAAUAUAUGGGAUCAAGUUUUUGUGCACGGUGGAAAAAAGGGAAUACUCGUUUUGAGUAGAUGA